AUGACCAGAGCUAAUCCGGGAGAAUUUUAUCAAAUUAACCCCGAAGUCGAAAGGAAUUUGUGUAAGCUACGAAGAAGUUUGAAAUUUGGGUGUUCUACUGAGGGAACACUUCCUACAUCUGAAGCCAUACCACCUUCAUUAUCUCUAGUCACAAACAUACCAUUCAAUCCUUUGCCUGAUCCUAACCCAAACAAUAUGGCACAAAGAACCAUCAGACAGUUAGCCACCUCUCACAAUACAACUAUCCGAAGUGACAUUGAAUACCCUAAUGAGGAGUGGGAGUUGAGACCUGACCUGUUAAAUGCCUUACCAAAGUUCAAUGGAUUAUUAGCUAUCCGCAGAGAAAUUCAAGAUAUAAGACAGAGAGAUAGAGAGAAUCUUAGUGAAUAUUGGGAAAGAUUCAAGAAACUAUGUUCUUCAUGCCCUCAACUCCAAAUGGAAGAUUUUAUUCUAAGCUUUUAUGAAUGCUUAAGUCCUACUGAUAGGUCAUUGGCAGAUGCUGCAAGCGGAGGAUCUUUCUUAGACAAGUCACCAGAAGAUAGUAUAGAUCUAAUAGAACGGAAGGCAGUAGACAAUCAACAGUAUGACACAAGAGAAAAUUCAGUGACUUUGUUGAAGGGAGUGCAUGAAAUUGAUAAUGGUGCAGUUGAUGGAAAGAUGAUAGAUGAAAGAUUGAAUAAGCUAGAAAGCAAACUCGACGAGAUUGCAAGUUUGUUUAAAACCUCAACUCCACAAAUUGCUAAGAAGUGUGGAAUUUGCAUUUCAACUAACCAUUAUACUGAUGAAUGUCCUAGCUUGGUCGAAACCACUAUGGAAAACCCAUCUCAAGCUUUUGCUGCAAACAUGAUUGGAGGAAAUAGACCAUACCAGAAUUAUCAUGAUUCGUCCUCUAAUAGAUAUCAGCAAAACAGGAAACCUUAUGUUCCACCUCAACAAAGGCAGCAAUCUCAGCCUGAAAUGUCAAUGCAAGAUUUCAUGAAAACAAUACUUGAGCAAAAUUCAGAAAUCAAGAAAUCAAUUGUAGAGUUGACUCAAAGGGUGGAAAAAUUAGAGGCUAAGGAGUCAAAUAAACUACCUGGACAAACAGUGAUCAACUCACAAAAUGUAAGUGCUAUUACUUUGAGAAUGGAUAAGCAAGUAGAAGGCCCUGAAGGAGCCCAAGAGGAUGAAGAUAAGGAGAAAGAAGGAGCGCAAAUUGAUGACAAUGGAGGAUCAAGUGAACCAUCACCUAAGACUACCACUGAUAAAUCCAGGUUAGUAUCCUCUAACUCUUCUUCUAAAACUUCUUCUUCUUCUCAUUCUCCACCUCCUCCAUAUCCAAAUCGGUUGAAGCCGAGAAACAAAAAAAUGGAGGAAUUAGACCAAGAGAUUUUAAAUAUUUUCAAGAAAGUGGAGAUCAAUAUUCCUUUGCUAGAUGCUGUUAAGCAAAUCCCUAAAUAUGCCAAGUUUUUGAAAGAAAUUUGCACAAAUAGAAGGCAUUUUAGGGAUAAUGAAGUUGUGAAUUUGGGAAGAAAUGUGUCAAGUUUGAUUAAGAAGCAUAUUGAAAUACCGCGAAAAUGCAAGGAUCCAGGUAUGUUUUCUGUUCCAUGUGUUAUUGGAAAUUCAAAGUUUGACAAUGCCAUGCUAGAUUUAGGGGCUUCCAUAAAUGUAAUGCCUUUAUCAGUGUUUACUUCUCUAUCUUUGGGACCUCUUAAGACUACUGGUGUGGUCAUUAAACUGGCCAACCGUAGCACAGUUAACCCUGCAGGUGUGCUUGAGGACGUCCUUGUCCGAGUAGACAAGUUAAUUUUUCCUGCAGAUUUUUAUAUCUUGGACAUGAAGGAUGAUGAAGGAAUUAGUCUAACAACUAUUAUCUUGGGAAGACCUUUCAUGAUGACAACACGAACCAAGAUAGAUGUGCAUGUAGGAUCAUUGACAAUGGAGAUAGGAGAUGAGAAGGUGCGGUUCAACGUGUUGGAAGAUGGGAAGCACCAAAUUAAAGAUCAUUCUUUGUUUUGUAUUGAUUUAUCAAGUGAUGUUGUAAACAAUUUUUCUUUAACUAGUUAUCAUUAG